CGCAGCGGCAGGGCGGGGCUCUUUACCCGGUCCGGCGUCUGGAGCUCAGCGCUCGGGUUACCCCUGCAGCGACGCCCCCUGGUCCCACCGAUACCACUGCUGCUCCCGCCCCUUCACUCUUCGGCCGCGCAAUGGGCACCCGCGACGACGAGUACGACUACCUCUUCAAAGUUGUCCUUAUUGGAGAUUCUGGUGUUGGAAAGAGUAAUCUCCUGUCUCGAUUCACUCGAAAUGAGUUUAAUCUGGAAAGCAAGAGCACCAUUGGAGUAGAGUUUGCAACAAGAAGCAUCCAGGUUGAUGGAAAAACAAUAAAGGCACAGAUAUGGGACACAGCAGGGCAAGAGCGGUAUCGAGCUAUAACAUCAGCAUACUAUCGUGGAGCUGUAGGUGCCUUAUUGGUUUAUGACAUCGCUAAACAUCUCACAUAUGAAAAUGUAGAGCGAUGGCUGAAAGAACUGAGAGAUCAUGCUGAUAGUAACAUUGUUAUCAUGCUUGUGGGCAAUAAGAGUGAUUUACGCCAUCUCAGGGCAGUCCCUACAGAUGAAGCAAGAGCUUUUGCAGAAAAGAAUGGUUUAUCGUUCAUUGAGACAUCUGCUUUAGACUCUACAAAUGUAGAAGCUGCUUUUCAAACAAUCCUAACAGAGAUCUACCGCAUUGUUUCUCAGAAGCAAAUGUCAGACAGACGUGAAAAUGACAUGUCUCCAAGCAACAAUGUGGUUCCUAUUCAUGUUCCACCAACCACUGAAAAUAAGCCAAAGGUGCAGUGCUGUCAGAACAUAUAAAGUGUUUCUCUUCUCCCCUAGAAGGCUGUGUAUAGUCCCAGGUCUGAGAUUUAAAUAUAUUUGUAAUUCUUGUGGUCACCUUUGUGUUUUGUUACUUCCUUAUACUUAUGAAUUUUUCCAUGUCUUAUGUCUUUGAUUUUAGCUUUAUAAAAUCAUCCACUUGUCCCAAAUGACUGCAGCUCUUUUUCAUGCUAUGGCCUCACUAGCCUUAGUUAAUAAACUGAAUGUUUGGAUUCCUCAAUUAUUGUUUACUUUUCAUCAUGGCAGCCUGUCACUGUAGGUCAUAGUAGAACAUGAACACUCAAAGCUCAGACCUAUUGAUUGGUCUUGAUCAGAUCAAACUAAAACCUUUAAAAAUCAGUUGUUAUUUUGUCUCAGAGCAGCUUAUAAGGAAUGCACUCUUCUCUUAGUGUGGUGUAUAGCUCCACAAAUCUAAGAGUUGCCCUAUAAAGCUAGCAGGAUUUUGAAGCUUGAAAUUUUUUCAUUAUUCUGGAAGUAAUUUUCUAAAAAUGCCUUAAUAGGGUAAUGUAGUUUAGUAAAUUUUGUUCUUUAAUUUUUGUAAGCAU